AUGGAGGAGCCCGUGAGCAGGAAGCACAGCAGGAGGGCUGCCAAGGACCAGUUGGAGGUUCAAGUUAUGGCCACCCAGGAAAUGGAGCUUGCAGGAAAGGAUCCAGUAAGUUAUGAGCAUGAGGAAAGAAAACCUGUUACAGAGACAAAGGAGGGAGAUGUAACUGAUGAGCAUGGGGAAAGAGGAUCUUUUGCUGAAACAGACAAACAAACGGGGGUUGAUACCAAGGAGCCAGAAGAUAUUGCAGCUGACAUUAAAGAGGAUCUUGCUGCAAAGAGAAAAAGGAUUGAAAAGGUUGCAAAAGCUUGCAGCGAAAUAAAGAACAGAAUUAAAAAUAUUUUGAGAACAACACAACUAAAAAGGCAGAAACGUGAUUAUAGAAUUUCUCUGAAGUUGCCAAAUGUCCUUGAAGAGUUCAUCACAGAUGAGCAGAAAGAUGAGGAAGGAGAAGGAGAAAAGAUGAAAAUAUUUCAAGAGCAACAAAAGAGGUGGCAACAAGAUGAGAAAGGAACUGAAAGAGAUUGA